GUCUACUUUUAUCUGUCAGUAGUCGUGUGGUCGUGAUAGUGAGCAAGAGAGAGGAGAUCAUACAGGAAUCCCUGCAACGAUUUCGCUUUCAUGUUUUGGAAAGUCCAUAUGUCUACAUCACAAAGGUGAAUGCUGCAGCACAGCCCCCUCUGAAGGGAAUGAGAAGCCUUGUGAUUAUUUGUUGACGCAGCACCAGCACGACACUCCCCUGUCUCCCUCAAAACGUGAAUAACAAGAUGGGGAAUGGAUUAUCAGACCAGAUCUUCCCCAGCCUUCCGUCCUUCCAGGCCCUCCAUAUUGUCAUCCUGGGUCUGGACUGCGCCGGGAAGACCACUGUCCUCUACCGCCUUCGCUUCAAUGAGUUUGUGAACACGGUCCCCACUAAGGGAUUCAACACAGAGAAGAUCAAAGUAUCCCUGAGCGCAGGUGGAAAGUCCUGGCGGAAAGCGGCGUUCCACUUCUGGGACGUGGGCGGUCAGGAGAAGCUCCGCCCCCUGUGGCGCUCGUACACGCGGUGUGCUGACGGCAUUGUGUUCGUGGUGGAUUCCGUCGACAUCGAGCGCCUAGAGGAAGCCAAGACGGAGCUCCAUAAGAUCACGAGGUUAGCGGAGAAUCAAGGGGUGCCGGUUCUAGUGGUGGCCAACAAGCAGGACCUGAGGAACUCUCUGCCGCUUCACGAGAUGGAGCGCUCUCUGGCGCUAGGGGAGCUGGGUAAUGGAACGCCCUGGCACCUGCAGCCCGCCUGCGCUAUCAUAGGGGAGGGGCUACAGGAAGGUCUGGAGAAGCUCCACGCCAUGAUCAACAAACGGAAGAAGACACAGAAAGCUCAACAGAAGAAGAGAUGAUCUGAAGAGUCGCGCACACACAACCGCCAUCUUGUUGGAGCUACACAAGGACUUAAGCUAACAAUGGUGGUGGAUGGGGACUCAUCUGUUGUGGUGUUAACCAUGAGCAGGACACGUGGUGUUGACUGUAGCAUGAUGUACUACAGUACCCAUUAUGCUCAGUGUCUCGUGGAGCUCUCAGUGAUGGGUCAGCUGCUUGCCUGCCUGUCUGUUGGCUGAGUUGUAUUAGUCAUAUGGAAUGGGACUAAGUCUGUUCAGGGCUGUUGUCACUCUGUCCUCACAGGAACUGAUGGAAUAGAUUUUCAUGGACUUUGGAUGGCAACUAUCUUGGCUGGCACAGCAUCACAGGACAGUGGACACUGAUGUAUGUUUAAACGAAGUGUUAUUCUAUACCAUGAGGCACACAGAGACAAAACAAUCAAAACACUGUUGAAGUGUCAGAAGUCAAAUAUAUACACUUGAUUGUGUUCUGUCUAUACUCUCAAGUGUUACAAAUGUAUGUAGCCUGCUUUUCAAUCAGUUUGAAGCAUGAAAACACAUUGAAAUGAUCGGUUUACCAAAGCCUUUGUUGACAAUGAGAUUACAUGUGGAAAACACAAAGGACAAUCAAGUUGCAGUCAGUGACUUGUUAGUGUGACCUCAAAGUUAGUCUUACAAUCAGUCAGUAUUCUGUCUCCAUGUUGCUCAAUGGAAGUCGAGAGGGUCUAGAUAGACGAGUUUAGCAUAAGCUUGAUGAUUCACUGAGAAGAGAAUACAGAGAUGGAUGUUUUUAAACGAUAUGUAACAACCUUAUUGUUUCAUCAGUGAUACAUGAUAAGAAUCUACAGCACUUAGGCUAUUUAAUGUGACUAUCAUUUGGGUUAGGUGGGAGGUAGGGGUAAAAACGGCUGUCAGGCAGGGUGGUUGUCUUGUGUAAUUCUGUUGACUUGACAUGCUGUUGGCUCAGCAUACCCUGAAUAUUCCUUCCUGGCUUGGCUAGCUGUCUGAUCUGGACCCUGUACUCCAAGUGUCAGGCUUCUGUCAGAUCCAAUCCUAGUACCUGCCUAAGACUUUCAGGUAGAUGGCGAAGUAGGGCUGAAUCUGUAGAUUUAGCCCUUCGCUAUCUACCUAAAACUUUGGGAGCGUUCCAGAUACUCAUUCUACUUAGGUCCUUGCAGUUUAUAGGAUUGUUAUAUCAUGUUGAUGUGGUUCCUAAGACAUUAAAUAGUUCCGCAGAUAUAAAGAUCUGAUCAGAUCUCAGACUUGUGCAGAGUUUGUGUACCUGGAACGCACCCAUGGACUUCCAUGUUGAUAGACAGUCAAAUAAAGGCACUUUAUUGGUCUGUUUUCUGACCUUAGAACUUGCAUCAGAUUUUUGUAUGAGGUUUAUUAUGAUACUUAAAGAAGUGAAAUGUUGAUAUUGCUUCGAAGGAAGCGUUAAAAAAAAAUUGUUAUGUAUGCUGUUAUCACAUUGGAAUGUCAGUUGUCCCCCUGUUUACUCUGUCUGUGUGUGAGGGGGAGGGGUGCUCAUAUUUAUGUAUUUGUUUGUAUAAAUGUGUUCACAUUGAAUAAAGCAACAAUUAAACACUAAC